AUGGGGGCUGUAGACAGCGGAGCGAAGGAACAUGGUAUGUGUGCGCCAGAAGUAGCCACACGAAGUGUACCAGGUGAAGGCAAGAAACAGGAAAUAAAAGAACAGGAAGUACUCGUUGAUGAGGGACCAAAAUACACAAAAGAGCAACUUCAUUCUCUUGUUGAGAAAGUUAAAGCAUUUACUGUGUUAUAUGGUCUUUCUGCAUCAAACUGGUCAGAGGAGGUGUACAGUGUGAUAGAAAAAUUUUUCACAGAGAAGUCUGAAGAUGUGCUCAGCAUCUAUUUUCAUGGGACAACUCUCUGUGCCAGCUUGGGUUAUCCAAACUUUCGUGUUCGUGAUCUUACUUAUUUUGUGAAAGAUACAGCGAGUGAGAUUUCACCAGAAAACUUUUUUGAAAGUGUCACAUUUGGUACCAUAAACAAUGGAAUUGAACUGUCAAUGUUGAAUAUAGUUGGCAAAAUAUAUGCUCCCCCAUUCUUUACUGCAACCGCAUGGCCAGACAAUGUAAAGUGGGAGUUUUACUCUCACUUGCAUGCUUUUCUUGCUGAUUUGACUGAAUUGCACUAUAAAAUGAUGGGCCUCACAGUCAUUUACAUACCAACUGAAGGAUCUGAUAUUGACGUGGAGACAGCCAGCAAGGAUAAAGAACUAAUUAAGAGGUUAGAAGGUGUGGUCAUGCACUGGAGCCGACAGAUACGUGUUGCCUUGGGUGACCAAAAUCAAGUUUCUCCAACUGAGCAACUGUGCCCAAAAGAUGAAUUCCAGUUCUGGAUAUAUCGAUACAAAAAUCUUCUUGGAUUGGACUACCAGCUUCAAAACAAAAAUGUAAAGCAUACUAUAGAGAUAUUAAUGACCUCUCAAUGUACUUACAUCAGUCAGUUCAUGUCAGUGAUGGGGGAAAUAACGAAAGCUAUAAUGGAAGCAAAAUCAAAUAUUGAGUUCCUUCAGAUUUUGAACAAACCAUGUGAGGAACUGGAUGAACUAGACUCUCCUGGUUUAGUCCCACUUCAUUUGCCACAUAUCUUGAAUUUGAUCCGUGUGAUUUGGAUGAGAUCCCCAUUUUACAAUACAAGGGGGAAGAUUACAGGUCUGUGCCGUGCUCUGAGCAAUCAGAUAAUUAUUAAAUGCCAGCGUUCAGUAAACCUGGAUGAAAUAUUCUCAGGAUAUACUAGAAAAGGAAUUAAAACGUUAGAGGCCUGCAUCUCAUGCUGUGUAAAGUACAGAUUUAUUUACGAAAAAAUUGCUGAGGCCCACACGGAAUAUUCUAAAUGCCAGUGGGAUUUAGAUAAAGCAUCAAUAUUCAAUCAUGUUGAUUCAUUCACCCAAAGAUGCCGAGACAUGGUGGAAGUAUGUGAAGCCAUGAGAGUCUUUGGGAGGAUGGAUGAGACAGAAGUAAUACCAAGGCCCAUGUUUGGAGGGACAGAAGGUCCUGAGUUUGAAGCCACAUGUGAUAAAGUUGAGAGCACUUUCCGCUGUAGUCUCCAGGCAAUACAGGAUGUAAAACAUACAAUAUUGGAAGUGCAGGCAACAUCAUGGUACAGUGAUAUUAUCAGGUUCAGAAAUCAAGUAAAAGAGCUUGAAGUUAUCUUAGAAAAUUUAGUAAUCAAAGUUUUUGAAACCAUCAAGAAUGUUGAGGAAGGUAUUGAGGCAUUGCAAGGAUUUUACCAUUAUUACAAACGACCAGCCCUCAAACAGUUAUUUGAAAAGAAGACAGCAGAGGUCUAUAACCUUUUUGUAGAUGAUAUGCUAGUUGCUAAAAAGAGGAUGGUGUCGAAUGAAUAUAAUAUUCCUGCUUGUUAUGCAUACUUCUCUGGCCGGGCAAUGAUGUACAGGAUGACAAAGAAACGACUUGAUCGCUUAAUGAAGUUACUGGACGAUGCUGAGUGGAUGAUACCUUGUGCAAUUGGUGAAAAGACACACUCACAGUAUGAAAGCAUAGUGAAAUGGACAGAAAAUCAAGUGAAAGAUCUUUAUCACAAAUGGAUUGACACACUAGAUGAAGAUGUCAAUGCUAGGCUGUGUCGGCCUCUGAUGUGCCACAGUUUGAUAAAUCCAGGUUUAAUUGAGUGCAAUUUUGAUGGAAAGCUGAUUAACAUCUGCCAUGAAGCAAGUUACUGGGAAUUGAUGAAAUUUCCAGUUCCAUCUCAUAUAACAAAGAUAUAUAACAAGUGGCAUGAUUUGAAGAUACUAUAUGAAAGCAUAGUAACAAUUGCUCAGGGCUUCAACAAGAUAGUAACAUCUUUAUCUGAUUCUGAGCGGUUACUCUUCAGAGAAUCAAUAAAGGCUUGCAAUAAGAAGAUUAAACCAGGACUUACAUCAUUAAAGUGGAACAGUGACGUGUCUGAUAUGUAUAUUUCAGAAUGUCUUACAUGUAUAACAGAGCUUCAAGACUUUGUUGAUGAUUUUAAGAAAUCAAAUUUGGAAAUUGUAAGGAUCUGUGAAAAAGUUUGUGAUUCCCCGCUAAUAUUAAUUGAGCCAAUGAGGUCUUUUGAAUUACCAGAACUGAAAGAUCAUUUGAAUCAUUACAGGGAUGGUGUAAUUCAAGUUAUCAGCAGUUAUUAUCAAGAAAUAAUGCAGUAUCUAAAGAUUGUGUAUGAGGGAUUUGGUGAGCACAUUGAAAUGAUGGAGGCUCAGUGGUCCAAUUAUGUUCUGCGCAUGGAUUCAAUGUUUGAGGAGGCUUUGCAACUCUGUAUUAAAAACUCUCUUGGAGUUAUGUAUGUUAUACUUCAUGGAGAUGGUACUAUUGGUCCACAGCCAUUGAUUAAAGUAGACGCAAUUUUGAUGGACAAAAAGAUUACCUUUGAUCCUUCAGUUAACAGUAUAUCUCGUUUGUUUAAAAAUGUCUUGAGAAGUUUGGUGGACAGCUUGGCAUGUUUUCUACGCUUAUAUGAGAAAUGGAAUAUUACCUGCCAAGACAAACUUCCAUAUCAUGUUGUUAUACAGCAGAAUGAAGAGUGUUUGAAACUUCAAGCACAACUGAAUCAAGAGGUCGAGACCAAUAUAAACCAUCUCUAUGAAUACGUGAAUCAUUGGAAUGUUUAUAAAUCAGUGUGGUCUCUUGACAAAGAUUUGUUUAUAAGUCAUUAUGAAAAUGACAAACGCUCAGCAGAGGCAUUUGACGCUGACAUUAGCAGAUACACAGAAAUUGCUAACAAUGUACAAAUGGAAGAUACAAUUUCAUUUGUUUACUUCUCUGAAGUUAAUGCAGCUGCAGUAAAGAAAUCUAUCAUUAUGCACUGUGUGGAAUGGCAGAAGAAACUGACAGAAUUGUUGUGCCGUACAACAAAUGAUAUGAUUUUAGAUUUCUACAAGUAUAUAGAGGAUUAUUCGAGAAAAUUAAUGCAUGAACCACAAGACUUAGAUGAGCUUGAUAAUGCAAUGAGGCUGCAUGCACGUCUUACUGAAGAAGUACAAAGCAAAGAGAAAGAAUUUCCUGUUAUUAACACAAGAUUUCAAAUCCUGGAACGCCAUGAAGCUGAUAUCCCUUUAGAAAUGAACAAUGGUAUUAAAUUUCUACCAAGUGCAUGGGAGCAGUAUUGUGAGCUGUUGUAUGGUGAAGCUACAGAUUUAGUGGAGAGAAAUAAGGAGAGAUUUCGUUCUAAUCUUCUGGAUACUGCACAGACUUUCCAGAAAAAUGCAACUCAACUUCUUGAUACUUUUUUGACAACUGGACCAUUUACAUCAGCUUGUAAUGCAAAAGAUGCUCUUGCUUUACUCCGUACCAUAAGAGAAGGUUUAGAAAAUCUUCGUGCAACUGAAACACAAUUAAAAACUGACCUGGGAAUGUUUAAAAUUUCACUAUUGGACACACCAGAACUGGCAACACUGGAAAAGGAAUUAGCAGCAAUAGAGGUUGUUUGGGAAUUGACAAACCAAUGGGAUGAAGCAUGGGAGUCUUACAAAUCAGGUUCAUUUUGGACUAUUGAAGCAGAAGAGAUGGAAAAUACGGCACAAACAUUAUUUCGGAAGCUUACAAGGCUGUCCAGGGAGUUGCGGGAUAAAAACUGGGAGAUUGUGGAGAAUACUAGGCAGAGAGUUGAUGCAUUUCGCCGAACCUUGCCUCUGUUGUCAGAUCUCAAGAAUCCAGCUAUGAGAAAAAGACAUUGGGAUAGUGUCAAGAAAAUAAUGGGAGUUGAUUUCGAUCAAGAUUCACCAGAUUUCACACUUGAUGUGAUAAUGGAAUUGAAAUUUCAGAACUAUGCAGAGCAUAUAAACGAAAUUUCAAAUGCAGCUGCAAUGGAAUUAUCAAUUGAAACUGGUCUGAAACAAAUAACUGAGAUAUGGAGGACUAUGGAAUUGGAUAUGGUACCUCACAAAGACAAAGGAGUUUUCAGACUGAAGAGUAUUGAUGAAGUUGGUCAGGCACUAGAGGAGAAUCAGGUCGCAUUAUCAGCAAUGAAAUCAACUAGAUUUGUGGAGGCAUUUGCAAAAGAAGUGGAUUAUUGGGAACGUACACUUUCCUUAAUCAUGGAGACUUUGGAACUAGUUUUGCUUGUUCAAAGGCAGUGGCUUUAUUUGGAGAACAUAUUUUCUGGUGAAGAUAUAAGAAAGCAGCUUCCAAAGGAGACAGAUGAAUAUGAUAAAGCAACUAAUAUAUGGAAAGACCUCAUGUUCAAGAUGUAUAAAGAAAAGAAUGCAUUGCGUGCAACGACAGAGAAGGGUGUUUGGGACAAAUUAACUGAUUUGAACACCAGACUGGAGGCCAUCCAGCGAGCACUGGAAAAAUAUUUAGAGACAAAGCGACAUAUUUUCCCACGAUUUUACUUUAUUUCUAAUGACGAUUUAUUAGAAAUAUUAGCACAAGCAAGACGACCAGAAGCCAUUCAACCACAUUUAAAAAAAUGUUUUGACAAUAUCAAUAAAAUUAAAAUACAGAAGUUGAGUGUGGCAAGUAAAUAUGAAGCUCUUGGAAUGUUUUCUGCCGAUGGUGAAUAUGUUGAGUUUACCCAAAUUUUGGUGCUGGAUGGACCAGUUGAACUCUGGCUGUGUGAACUUGAAAGGACUAUGCGUUGCACUUUAAGAAUUCAGUUGAAAAACUGCAGAGCUUCACUCAGAAAAAAUUUGACAAAAAGAGAUGUUUGGAUAAAAGAUUGGCCAGGUCAAAUGUGUAUUACUUCCAGUCAGAUCCAGUGGACUACAGACUGUACGCGCACAUUGAUGUAUUGCAAAGUUCUGGAAACAAGAAGCCCAUUGAAGAAGCUCAGACGAAAGCAGAAUCAAGUUUUGGGCAAAUUCUCAGAUGCUAUCAGGGGCAGCCUUACAAAAAUUCAAAGACUCAAAGUAGUAGCAUUGGUUACUAUUGAAAUUCAUGCAAGAGAUGUGAUUGACAAGAUGUACAGAUCCAAUUGCAUGGAUGUAACAGCAUUUGAAUGGUUGUCCCAGCUACGGUUUUAUUGGGACCGUGAAAUUGAUGAUUGUGUUAUACGUCAAACUAACACAUAUUUUAACUAUGGAUAUGAGUAUCUGGGAAAUUCUGGCAGACUUGUGAUAACACCACUCACUGACAGGUGCUACAUCACAUUAACUACAGCAUUACAUCUUCAUCGUGGUGGAAGUCCAAAGGGGCCGGCUGGCACAGGAAAAACAGAGACUGUGAAGGAUUUGGGAAAAGGUCUGGGCAGUUAUGUCAUUGUUGUGAAUUGUUCAGAAGGCUUGGACUAUAGGAGUAUGGGACGCAUGUUCUCUGGACUUGCACAGACUGGUGCAUGGGGUUGUUUUGACGAAUUUAAUCGCAUCAACAUUGAGGUUUUGUCUGUGGUUGCACAACAGAUUUUGUCUAUCCUCUCAUCAUUGUCACAAGGGGCCAAAAGAUUUGUCUUUGAAGGGUGUGACAUCAGUCUUGUUAAAACUUGUGGCAUAUUCAUCACUAUGAAUCCAGGCUAUGCUGGUCGCACAGAACUGCCUGACAACUUGAAGUCAAUGUUUCGCCCCAUAUCAAUGAUUGUACCAGAUAGUGCAAUGAUUGCUGAAAUAAUAUUAUUUGGUGAAGGAUUUAGAGAAACACGAAUUCUUGCAAAAAAGGUUUACACAUUAUACUCCCUAGCAAUGCAACAAUUGAGUAAACAAGACCAUUAUGAUUUUGGACUUCGAAGCAUGGUUGCUUUGCUCAGAUAUGCCGGCCGUAAAAGAAGAGGUUUUCCAGAUCUUCCAGAUGAAGAAGUAGUAUUAUUGGCCAUGAAGGAUAUGAAUAAUGCCAAACUUACUUCAGAUGAUCUCCCAUUAUUCAACGGAAUUACGUCUGAUUUAUUUCCACAAGUGGAAGUCCCUGUUUUAGAAUAUGAUGAACUUACAGCUGCAAUAAAGGCUGAAUUAAAGGCAGAAGGUCUACAGAUCCCACAAAUCUUUAUUGUGAAAAUAAUACAAUUGUAUGAGACAAAGAACUCACGGCAUUCAACAAUGAUAGUAGGUAAAACUGGUGCAGGUAAAUCAGCAACAUGGCGCAUGCUUCAAGCAUCACUGAGUCGCUUAAGAAAAGAAGAAAAACCAGGAUAUAAUCUGGUUAAGACAUUUCCUAUCAACCCCAAAGCUUUGACUUUGGGUGAACUUUAUGGUGAAUUUAACCUUGCAACAAAUGAGUGGUUAGAUGGUGUUCUGUCUUCCAUCAUGCGUGUCACCUGUUCAGAUGAAUCACCUGACGAAAAAUGGAUAGUCUUUGAUGGACCAGUGGAUGCCGUCUGGAUUGAGAAUAUGAAUAGUGUGAUGGAUGACAAUAAGGUUCUGACAUUGAUUAAUAGUGAGAGGAUUACAAUGCCAGAGCAGGUUUCUUUAUUAUUUGAAGUAGAGGAUUUGGCUGUUGCAUCACCUGCAACUGUAUCACGAUGUGGAAUGGUCUACAAUGAUUAUAAAGACCUUGGUUGGUGGCCAUAUGUUAAUUCAUGGCUUCAAAAGCAGCCUUGUGAAGACUAUCAGAAUGAGAUGCGAAGCUAUUUUGAAAGAUAUGGAACUUUGAUAUUGGAUUACAAGCGACUAAACUGUGUUGAAACAGUUCCUAUUUCUGACUUCAACGCUAUGACUUCUUUAUGUAAGCUACUUGAAUGUUUAGCCACAAAAGAAAAUGGAAUUAAUCCAGCAGAUGAAGACAACUUUCCACUGAUGGUCAAACUGUGGUUUCUGUUUUGCAUGAUAUGGUCUCUCUGUGCUUCAGUGGAUGAAGAGGGUCGUAAAAAACUUGACACUCUUAUUCGUGGUAUGGAAGGAUGCUUUCCCUUGAAGGAUACUAUUUAUGAAUAUUAUGUGGAUGUAAGAUCUCGCAACUUUGCCUGCUGGGAAGUUAUGCUCACAGGAAAUUGGAAAUUUGAUAAAGAAUUACCGUUCUUCAAGAUCAUUGUUCCAACAGUUGAUACUGUACGUUAUCAGUUUCUUGUUUCAGUACUCCUUUCAAACAGUUAUCCUGGACUCCUUGUUGGACCUGUAGGAACAGGAAAAACAUCUACUGCACAAACUGUCCUUGAUUCAUUGGAUCGUUUGAAAUUUUCCUUGCUUGUACUGAACAUGUCAGCACAGACAACAUCUCAAAAUGUGCAAGAUACCAUUGAGGGCCGAGUGGAAAAAAGGACAAAAGACAUCUAUGUACCUGUUGGAGGCAAAAUAAUGAUAACAUUUAUGGAUGACCUCAAUAUGCCUGCAAAAGAAGAGUAUGGCUCACAACCUCCUCUUGAGCUAAUUCGUCAGUGGAUAGAUUAUGGCUUUUGGUAUGAUCGACAAAAACAAAAAAAGAAGUACAUCAAGGACAUGCAGUUAAUGGCAGCAAUGGGUCCUCCUGGUGGUGGUCGCAAUACUAUUUCUAACCGCUUGAUGAGUCGGUUUAAUCUUAUAAAUAUGACUUUCCCGAGCACACCUCAAAUCAUUCGAAUUUAUGGCUCCAUGCUGACCCAGCAGUUAUCUGAUUUUGAUGAAGAGCCGAAAUACAUUGCUCAUGAAAUAACACUUGCAACAAUUGACCUGUACAAUGCAGUUUGUUCCAAAAUGUUGCCAACACCAACAAAAAUUCACUAUCUUUUCAACUUGCGAGAUAUAUCGAAGGUUUUUCAAGGUCUAUUGAGAAGUCACCGUGAAUACCAUUAUACAAAAAAUAGGAUGCUGAGACUAUGGGUCCAUGAAUGUUACAGAGUAUUUAAUGACAGACUUGUUGAUGAGAAAGAUAUUGAAUGGUUUUUUAACCAAAUGAAUGAUCAGCUGGGAAAACAUUUUGAUUUAACAUUUUCAAGUGUAUGUCCUGAGAAAGAGUCUCCCAUCUUUGCUGACUUCAUUAGUAGCUAUGGAUUCUAUGAAGACAUAACAGAUCUGGCUGCACUGAGGAGACAUUUGGAAGGCCAAAUAGAAGAAUAUAAUGUCACCCCUGGAGUUGCCCGUGUGGAUCUUGUCUUAUUCAAAUUUGCCAUACAGCACAUUUGUCGCAUAGUCCGUGUGAUCUCUCAGCCAAGAGGAAAUAUGUUGUUAGUAGGCAUAGGUGGCAGUGGAAGACAGUCUUUAUCUCGUGUUGCAGCAUACAUAUGUGAAUAUCAAACAUUUCAAAUUGAAGUUACAAAACAAUACCGAGUCCAGGAAUUUCGUGAAGACUUAAAAACAUUAUACACAGUCACAGGAGUUGAAAAUAAAGCUACUACAUUUCUAUUUAAUGAUACACAGAUUGCAGAUGAAGCCUUUGUUGAAGUAAUUAAUAAUGUCUUAAGUAGUGGAGAAGUACCAAAUCUAUUCAAGGCAGAGGAGUUCGAUGAAAUACGAAACAAGCUCUCAGCGACGGCAGCAAAAGAAGGGGUUUCUCCAACAACAGAAGCAAUGUAUAAUUAUCUUAUAGCGAGAACUCGUGCCAAUUUACAUAUUGUUUUAUGCCUCAGUCCAAUUGGUGAUGCAUUCAGGAACAGACUGCGUCAGUAUCCAGCUUUAAUAAACUGUACAACCAUUGAUUGGUUCUUGGAAUGGCCUCAAGAAGCUCUGCUUGAAGUCGCUAGCAAGUAUCUUGGAACAGUUAACUUCUUGGAAAAUAUAAAAACAAUGGGUUCAGAGGAGCAAGUGAAAAUGGAUAAGGACAUGUUGGAGGAGCAGGAAAGACUGAGAGAUGCCGUAGCAAGGAUAUUUGCUACAAUCCAUGAUUCUGUUUCCAAGUGGUCUAAAAAAAUGCUGAUUGAAAUGAAGAGGCACAAUUAUGUCACACCAACAAAUUAUUUGGAACUUGUUGCUGGAUAUAUUUCUAUGCUGAAUGAAAAACGCUGGGAAACAGCAAAUGCUGCAAAUAAACUGAGGAAUGGUUUGUUUAAAAUUGAUGAUACUCGUGAAAAAGUGCAGUUAAUGUCUGUUGAACUGGAAGAGUCACAAGUAAAGGUGGUAGAGUUCCAGCAACAGUGUGAUGAAUACCUUGUAACGAUUAUGACACAAAAAAGAGAGGCAGAUGAACAACAGAAGUCGGUAGCUGCAAAGAGCUUAAGAAUUGGUGAAGAGGAAGCAGCCUGCAAAAAGCUUGCUGAUGUUGCCCAAGCAGAUUUGAACCAGGCAAUGCCUGCUCUAGAAGAAGCCAUGAGGGCCUUAGAUGCCUUGAAUAAGAGAGACUUAACAGAAGUAAAAUCUUAUGGACGGCCCCCAGCACGAGUGGAAAUGGUGAUGGAAGCUGUGAUGAUACUGAAGCAGGUGGAGCCAACUUGGGCUGAAGCUAAACGUCAGCUUGGUGAUGCAAAUUUUUUGAACCAGCUUAAAGAUUUUGACAAGGACAACAUAUCAGAUAAAACUUUGAAAAAAAUUGCGGAAUACACCAGAAAUGAAGAAUUUGAGCCAGAGAAAGUUGGCAUUGUCUCAUUUGCAGCAAAAUCACUUUGUCUCUGGGUGAUUGCAAUUGAGAAAUAUGGAAAGAUUUACAGGAUUGUGGCACCAAAAAAGGCUAAGUUAGAAGAAGCAAUGAAAACUCUCCAGGAAAAACAAGAUGAGUUGCAAGCUGCUGAAAACAAAUUGCGAAAGAUUUCUGAACACCUUGAAAAGCUUCGAUUGGAAUAUGAAGAUAAAAUGAAGCAGAAGGAAGAGCUUCGACAGAAAUCAGAAGAUUUGCAACAAAAGCUGGAAAGAGCUACAAUGCUUGUAGAAGGCCUUGCUGGUGAAAAGGUCCGAUGGGAACAAACUGUGAAACUUCUGGAUGGAGAGUUUAACUGUUUGCCAGGAAAUGUUCUAAUUGCUACAGCUUUUGUUUCAUAUUUGGGACCUUUUGUGUCACAAUAUCGUGAUCAGUUAAUCACUAUGUGGAAGAAAGCUGUUGUGAAAGACGAGAUACCAGUGUCAAAUGUCUUUAACAUUACAACUUUCCUUGCUGAUCCAACAAUGAUUCGAGAAUGGAACAUUCAAGGGCUUCCAUCAGAUGAAUUUAGUACAGAGAAUGGAAUUAUCGUCACCAGGGCAACAAGGUGGCCACUUCUAAUUGAUCCACAGUGCCAGGGCAUGAAGUGGAUCAAGAACAUGGAAGGAAAAAAUGAUUUAAAAGUCAUAGAUUUUGGGCAAGCAGAUUUCAUGAAAACUCUGGAGCAAGCAAUGCAGUUUGGAAAACCUGUGUUACUACAGAAUGUACUAGAGGUUCUGGACCCAUCACUGCAGCCUAUUCUUAACAAAGCUAUUAUCAUCCAAGAGACACAUAUGCUAAUAAAAUUAUUUGACAGACUGGUGCAGUUCUGCCCAGAAUUUAGAUUUUUUAUUACAACAAAACUGGGAAAUCCUCAUUUUGCUCCAGAAAUUUCAACAAAAACUACACCUGUAAAUUUUGCAGUCAAGGAAGUUGGACUUGAGGCACAGCUUCUUGGAAUUGUGGUCCGCAAAGAGAAGCCAAAGCUAGAAGAACAAAAAGACAAUCUAGUGCUGAAUAUUGCAGCUGGUCGACGUACUCUAAAGGAUCUGGAGGAUGAACUGUUGAGACUACUUUAUGAGACAAAAGGCUCACUACUUGAUGAUUUGCAAUUGCUUAUAACACUACAAACUUCACAGGCAACCUCUGUUUCUGUAAAUGAACAACUCAAAGUAGCAGAAACAACAGAAACUGAAAUUGAUGCAGCACGUGAGGGAUAUCGUCCAUGUGCAAGAAGAGCUUCUAUACUUUUCUUUGUGUUGAAUGACAUGAGCCAAAUUGAUCCAAUGUAUCAGUUCUCUUUGGAUGCCUACACUUCUUUAUUUACAAUGUCCAUAGAAAAAAGCAAAAAAAGUGAAGAUUUGGAGCAGAGAAUAUCUUUCCUCAAUGAUUACCACACCUAUGCUGUCUACAGGAACACAUGUCGAGGUCUGUUUGAACGACACAAACUACUUUUCUCUUUUCAUAUGUGUAUGAAGAUACUUGAAGCAAUGGGGAAAGUUAAUUCAUCAGAAUACAAUUUUCUUCUUAGAGGGGGUGUUGUUUUGGAUAGGGAUGAACAGCUGGAUAACCCCUGCCCUGGUACAAGGAUUGUUGGUAUGCUUCUGUCACAGUAUCUUCCAUGACUAUCGCUUAAUAUUAGAUGGCUGUCAGAUCAAGCCUGGGAUAAUAUCACUGAACUAGAUAAAUUAGGAGGAUUUCAUGGUGUUGCUGAUUCCUUUGAGCAAUAUCCAAAAGACUGGCAAGUAUGGUACACACAAAAGGAACCAGAAGACCAACCUCUGAUAGGUGAUUGGGAAGGUGUCUGUACAAAAUUUCAGCGAAUGCUAUUCGUGCGUUCUUUAAGACCAGAUCGCAUGUCAUUUUGUGUGUCAGCAUUUGUAGUGAACACCCUGGGUCAGCGGUUCGUGGAGCCACCUGUGCUUGAUAUAAAAUCUGUUCUUGCUGACUCAACGCCAAUGACACCUCUUAUAUUUGUGCUGUCACCAGGUGUUGAUCCCACUGGAUCUCUUAUACAAUUGGCAGAGUCAACAGGAAUGUCUGCACGUUUUCAGAGUUUGUCACUUGGCCAAGGCCAAGCUCCAAUAGCUACAAGGUUAAUCAAAGUUGGUGCGAGAGAAGGACACUGGGUUUUUCUUGCCAACUGUCACCUUUCACUGAGCUGGAUGCCAAAGCUUGACAAAAUUAUUGAAUUGCUACAAACAGGAAAGGCUCAUGAAGAUUUCAGAUUAUGGCUCAGUUCCAGUCCUCAUCCAGAUUUUCCAAUCUCUAUUCUUCAAGCUGGCAUAAAAAUGACAACAGAACCUCCAAAGGGGCUGAAGGCAAACUUGAAACGACUUUAUCAGCUCAUUACCCCUACACAGUUUUCUAUUUGCAAGAAUCAAACAAAGUAUCGUCGACUGCUCUUUUCUCUCUGUUUUUUCCAUUCAAUUUUGUUGGAAAGGAAAAAGUUUCAACAACUAGGUUGGAAUGUUGUCUAUAGUUUUAAUGACUCUGAUUUUGAGGUUUCUGAAAAUCUGUUACAAAUAUACCUGGAUGAGUAUCCGGAGACUCCUUGGGAUGCACUAAAGUAUCUCAUUGCUGGAGUUAAUUACGGUGGUCAUGUGACUGACGACUGGGAUCGUCGUCUGCUAACUACCUACAUUAACAGAUAUUUUAAUGAGGAUGUUCUUACCAAUGAUUUAUACAGGCUUUCUUCCCUGCCAACCUAUGUAAUACCACGAGAUGGCUCUCUCCAGUCCUACCAAGAUUAUAUAGCACUACUUCCAAAUGUCGACCAACCAGAGGCAUUUGGUCAGCACUCAAAUGCAGAUAUCACAUCUCUCAUUUCUGAGACAAGAAGUAUGUUUGAAACACUUAUGUCAAUGCAGGUGCAAGUAGCUGCUGGAGAAGGAGAAAGCAAGGAAGAAAAGGUUUUACAACUUGCUGCAGAUGUACUGUCAAAGGUGCCAAAUCCGAUUGACUAUGAAGCCACAGACAAACUCAUUGGUGCAGAAAAAACUCCACUGGAUGUAGUUCUUUUACAAGAAAUAUCAAGAUAUAAUGUGCUAUUGGUUUCAAUCCGACAAUCUCUUGAGGAUUUACAGAAAGGCAUUCAGGGUUUAGUGGUAAUGUCAGCUACUCUUGAGGAUAUUUUUGUCUGUAUUUAUGAAGGCAGAGUUCCUACUGAAUGGUUAAAAGCUUACCCAUCCCUGAAGCUACUGGGUUCAUGGUCACGGGAUUUGGUUCUCAGAGUGGAACAUUUUGCGCAGUGGGCAGAAACUACACAUCCACCUGUCCUGUUCUGGUUGGCAGCCUACACUUUUCCCACAGGAUUCCUGACAGCAGUGUUGCAGACUUCUGCUCGCCGUUCGAAUAUUUCUAUUGAUUCCUUAUCAUGGGAUUUCACAAUAUUUGCCCCGGAUGAACGUUCAGGCCUCCAGCCACCUGCUGAUGGUGUAUAUGUUAGAAGUGUAUACUUAGAAGGUGCUGGAUGGGACUGGAGAAAGAUGUGCCUUAUAGAACCACAACCAAUGCAGCUUGUGUGCCCAAUGCCAGUUAUCCACUUCAAACCUAUGGAACAUCUGAAGAAGAAAAGCAGAGGUAUCUAUGUCUGUCCUUGCUAUUAUUAUCCAAUCCGAUGUGGUGGAGGUGGUCGUGAAUCUUUUGUUGUAGCAGUUGAUCUCAAAAGUGGCACAGAAAAUGCUGAUCAUUGGAUCAAAAGAGGCACUGCUUUACUUCUCAGCCUUGCCAAUUAGGUGAACUUUUUGGACACCUCAUUCCAUGCCUCAAAGUUUUUGUUGAAUCUGAGCACUUGACGAUAUGUUCCAGAAUUACUUUAUAAGCCCAUGAAUGUAUAUAAAAUAUUAAGUAAGUUGUAACUGUAGUGAUAA